UUCAAGUUCUGAAGGAAAAGGUUUGAUUUCGUGUUUCUGGUAAGGUGUCAAAAGUCAUUACCAGUCAGCCUUCCUCAAGUUUGAUUUUCAACUCAGUUUUGCAGCAUUGAUAUCACUCCAACAAUCUUUCUCUAACACACAUUAAACCAGCAAAUUAAGCAGCUACCAAGCCACCAUAGAUGGCUUCCUUUCUGUUCACUUUCCACUUCUUUCUCUUGCUGUUCCUCUACCAACCUCUAUUCUCCAUGGCGAAUCUCCACAAAAGCAAGGAUCUCCUUAGAUCAAAUCUCCUCUCUCAACUGACCAGCACAAUACACUCCAAUGACAACUCACCGACUCUCUACUUUGAAGUAACCAAACCCAUCAAACGACCAAAUACUAAACCAUGCUCAUACCUUGUUCUUCAGCAUGAUUUUGGCUUCACUUAUGGAAGACCCCCGGUUCUUGUAAACUACAUCCCUCCUCAUUGUUACUCUCAAAGUUUCACCAAAAUUGUGCUUGAAUGGAAGGCAACAUGCAAAGGAACACAAUUUGAUCGCAUUUUUGGGAUUUGGCUAGGAGGUGUAGAGCUCCUUAGGAGCUGCACAGCAGAGCCUACAUCAAAUGGAAUUGUUUGGACUGUUGAGAAGGAUAUAACAAGGUACUAUUCAUUGCUCUUGAAGAAGGGAACACAAACUUUAGCUGUUUUUCUUGGCAACAUUGUGGACAGGACUUAUACUGGGGUGUACCAUGUUAAUUUAACAUUUCAUUUUUAUCCUGCUGAAAACAAUUUGAAUGAUGAUAAGCAGAUUUUGCAUAACUUGGCAUCUGACUCUAAGGCUGAUCUGAUCUUACCUAUUUCUCGAGAUCUGCCACUAAAUGAUGGUUUGUGGUUUGAAGUUCAGAAUUCCAAUGAUACUAAGUUGAAGCAAUUUAAAAUCCCCCAAAAUGUUUACAGGGCUGUAUUAGAGGUUUAUAUAUCUUUUCAUGAGAAUGAUGAGUUCUGGUAUGGCAAUUUUCCAAAUGACUACAUUGCUGCAAAUAAUCUAAGUGGCACUCCUGGAAAUGGACCAUUUAGAGAGGUUGUAGUCAGUCUUGACGGUCAAGUGGUAGGUGCAGUUUGGCCUUUUACUGUGAUCUAUACUGGAGGAAUUAAUCCCCUAUUUUGGAGCCCCAUUACAGGCAUUAGUUCUUUCAACCUCCCUUCUUAUGAUAUUGAAAUCACUCCAUUUUUAGGCAACAUGUUGGAUGGAAAAUUCCAUAAAUUGGGGUUCAGUGUUACAAACGCCUUGAAUGUCUGGUUCAUAGAUGCUAAUUUGCACCUCUGGUUGGAUAGCAGGAGUGUGAAAACUGAAGGGAAACUUCUGAUGUGCAAUAAUAAGGUUGUUGGUGUUUCCGAGGAGUCAGAUUUUGAGGGCUUAAAUGGAAAGUUCUUGACAAGUGCAAACAGGUUCAUAUCUUCAACUGGAUGGAUCAAGUCUUCUUACGGGAAUAUUACAACUCAUUCCAUUCAGGAGUUCAGUUACAGUAACUCGCUGCAAAUUGGUAAGGAUGGGAAUUUUCAGGUUGUGAAUCAGACGAUCCAUUUCAAUGACAGAGUUUAUGCAAAGAUGCCAUUUCCUUAUGUUCAUGCUGAGGAAUCAUUUAAACAUUUUCCCCUUCACUUGUACGUGGACUUAUCAGAAGAAGAAAAGGGAACGUUCCUCUAUGUCAUGAACGUCACAUUAGGAUUUAAUGAGAAGAAGUACAAGAAUGUUGGCUUUAAAUUCUUUAUCAGCUCUCUGCAAAAUAUGCAGAAUGCGCAAGCAGUUCUUGCUGUGAAAAACCACUUGAUUGUCAAUAGAUUGGCUGGUACACGACAAGUAUAUGAAUACCAUGGAAGUGAUUUCUGCUACUCCAGGAACAUAAGCAGCUCCAACAGCAUCAUUGAUUAUGAUGAAGUGAGUAACUUAUGUAAUAAAGGAGCACUGCUACUUUCAGAUUUUGAACUCAAGUCAUCAAAAGGACUGCAGCAUUUUCCUACAAAGGCUUUUCUAGCAUCUGAUCAUUGAUGUCUUAGCAACGAAGGGGAACAGGACACUGAAUUCGGUUGAUUCUUGAGCUGCUCAAUAAAGGAGUUUUCAAUGUUUCAUUCUAGAUAU